UCUCUUUCCUUCGAAAUUGUGAAAUGGAAAUAAGGAUUCAAUUUGAGAGCCCGACGUUUUGUGACCAGGUGGCGGCUUUACCGGUCGGGCCGAGCGUCUCGGCUCGGCUUUAAUAACACUGGUUUCAACAAAAAAUAGUCUACCGUUGAUUUUUUCGAUACAACCUUCGAUACGGUAUUUCAUUCCUUUAUAUAUAGUCGCAACACACAUGACACAUUUCAACACCAUCACCACCAUUAUAGCAUACAACAAAACAAAGAGAGGAGCAAAAUGACAAUGGAAGAAGCCGAUGGUAAUAUUCCCCCACUCCUCCUCCUCCUAAUACCCAUCCUCUUCUCCACCAUAUUCAUCCUCAAAUCACAUCUCAAGAAGAAGAACAACAACAACAGCAAAACCUCAUUUCCCCUGCCUCCAGGCCCAUGGAAGCUCCCCAUAAUCGGCAACAUCCACCAACUCGCCUCCUCCGCCGGCCUAAUCCACCGCCGUCUCGCCGACCUAGCCCAGCAACACGGCCCAAUAAUGCACCUCCAGCUCGGCGAAACCUCAAACGUCAUCGUAUCAUCCCCUGAAUCCGCAAGAGAGUUCCUCAAAACCCACGACCGCAACUUCGCCCUCAGGCCGUACGUGCCGUCGGCGGACAUAAUCUUCUACGGCUCCAGGGACAUCGCCUUCUCCGGGGGAGAUUACUGGCGGAAGAUGCGGAAGAUCUGCACCACGGAGAUCUUGACGGACAAGCGAGUGAAGUCUUUGCGGCCGAUUCUGGAGGCAGAGGCGAGCAAGCUGGUGAAGCUGAUCGGUAGCGAGCCUGCUGGAGGAGUGGUGAACCUUAGCCGGCUGCUGUUGUCGGUGGGGAGCGCGAUGACGUCGAGGACGGCGUUUGGGAAGGUUCGGGAACUGGAGGGAUCUUUCUUGCCGGUGAUUCAUCGAAUCUUUCAAGCUCUUGAUGGGUUCAGAAUUGGGGACAUCUUCCCUUCCAACAGGUUGUUGCGUCUGAUCAGUGGAACAGAGAGACACCUAAAGAAGCUCCACCAAGAAGCAGAUGUCAUCCUCCAAGAAGUAAUCGAUGAGCACGUAUCGAGGAGAAGUAGAGAAACAGAGCAUCUUGAUAAAGCAGUAGCUGCAGCCGGAGAAGAAGAUGAAGAUCUGGUCGAUGUGCUCUUGGCUUGCACUGACAACCACAUCGAGGUUAAAGGCGUCAUUUUGGACAUAUUCUUGGCUGGUGGUGACACUUCCCCUGUUCUCGUGGAAUGGGCCAUGUCCGAAUUGAUGAAGAACCCGGAGAAGAUGGACAAAGUACAGAGAGAGGUGAGAGAGGUGUUUGACAAAAGAGGGAAAGCAGUAGAUGCAGCGUGCUUUAACGAACUGCAUUAUCUCAAAUCAGUCGUGAAAGAGACAUCCAGAUUACAUCCUCAUGCUCCUCUAUCUCUUCCAAGAGAAGGUCGAGAAACAGUUGUGAUCAAUGGAUGUCAAAUACCAACGAAGACGAGGGUCAUUGUUAAUUUUUGGGCCAUCGGUCGAGACCCCUCACAUUGGACCCAACCAGAUCAAUUUGUACCAGAAAGGUUCCUCAACUCUUCCAUCGAUUAUAAAGAUUAUAAGUUCUUCACUUGUGGAAACUAUGUUGGUGAAGUGGACAAGUUCGGCAAGCUAACUGGGUCGUGAUGGCAAGCGACAGGGUCCAGGCUCCGGAUGUUGUCGGGUUUCGAUUAGAGGUAAGGUGACGACUACCGGCGGUGACCGGAAUGACGGUGGGGGAGCAGGAAGAGAAGAUGCAGCCGUAGAUGGCAUCCAACGACAGAGGUGGCAGCGGUGGCGACCGGACCUUUGUUGGUUUAAUGGAAUAUAAAUGGAACAACCCAUUUGUGAAGCCAUGCAACCUUUGGAAUGGUGGUUUGAAAUUUGUGAUAAUGGCAAUGCUUUGCCAUGACAAAUUUGCCGUCAUGCCCACUCAUGAGCGAUGCAAUGCAUCGAAAAGGUGUUUUAAGUAUGCUUUAGUGUUCUUAGUCUAGAUUCUAAAGUGGUGAUAGUUUUAUCUACGAAGAAAUUUUCUAUAACUCAAGGCUUUGUAGAGUGGUGGAAAUAUUCUUAACGGAAAGUGAACGAAGUUCACGACUCUAUCAUAAUUCUAGUCACCCGUUCUUGGCCUAUCAUACAUGUACCCUAGUCCAAAAAUUCCCAACAAUCGUAAAGAAUAAUUUCCAGUACGAUGACUUGAACUGCUCUUCACAAGCAACCGGUUCCGGUCUAUGGAAAAUUUGAGAAUUUUUUAUGAUGAGUAUUUCAUUGAUGGUAGUAGUAGUAGACGUCUUUUUUCGUACUAGUCUCAUGGUGUAUUCCAUAUCUGGAAGGUAACUUGGAAGAGGGAUGAUUCGAAGAUGAGGAAGAAGGAGAAUGCUUCAUAAAAUAAAGAAAUAAGAGAAUGACAAUUACCUUUGUGUAGGUCUCAUACUCAAUGGUAUAAUUUGUCCGAUUCUCUAUUUUGACAUUUGCGAAGUCUUAGAAAAAUUUUGAUUUGUCUAAGUGGUUUGAUGGUGUGAUUAUGUCUAGUGGUUUGUGUUAUUUUAAAUCAAGGAGACAAAAGUGUAUAUACAAGGUUUGAUGAUUCUGGUAAUAGAGUCAUUAUAAUAUUUAUAUGUAGAUGACAUAUUUAUCUUUGGGAUUAUUCAAAGAUAAGAGGACUUUACUAAAAAGUUAUUGUUGUCUAAGUCCUCCAUGUAGGACAUGGGGGAGUCAAAUGUGAUUUUGUGUAUCAAAUCAAUCGGAACAACAAAGAAGAUCCCUUCUCUCAAUUUUUCUGCAUCGAGAAGGUGUUUCCUAAAUUCCAUAAAGGAAAUUUUCGUGAGUUAAAAAUCUCAAUGAAUCCAAGUAUGAAACUUAUGGUUAAUAUUGGCCAACCAGUUUUAUCAUUGGAGUAUCCUUGUCAAUUGGGUGCUUGAUGUAUGCAAUGACUUGCAUAAGGCCAUAUAUCACAUAUGGGGUAGAACAAAUUAGUUUGUACAUGAGUAAUCCUAGUUCUCAUUAUUUGACAUGAAAUGAGGAGUGUACUAGGAUAUCUCAAAGGCACAAUAUAUUGACUUAUAGUGGUUUUCCAUCCAUUUUGGAAGGAUUUAUUGAUGUUAGUUGGAUUUCUCAUGUUCGAGGUGAUACUUCAACACCGAGAUGAGUCCUCUUGCUUGAGGGAAGUGUCAUAUCUUGGGCCUCUAAAAAGCAAACUUGCAUCAUUGGUUUCACUAUGAAGUCAAAUUGUGUGAUUGUUGAGAGAUUUGGCUUAUGAUAUUCUUUCAUGGCCUAAACAAAUAUCAUUUUAUUACUAUCUUUUGUAGUAAUGGUAAUUUGGCUAAGGCAUAUAGCCAAGCGUAAAAUGGAAAGUAUAAUCUUGUCGGAGUUAUGCACGGUAAAAUCUAUGAAUUGAUCGCUCAUAGAAUCGUGUUUGUACAAAUAUGACCGGACUAGAAAUAAUUAGUUCAUCAUUUGACGAAAUGAUUAACUAGUGACUUGGUGGUCAAGUCUGUGAAAGGGAUGGGUUUUUAAAGUCCGUAUAGUUUCUGAUCAUGGGAUACCCAAUUCCCCUCUAAUAUAACGUAAGAGGCCGA